AUGUACUCAGGGACCGGCGAAAACAUACAAGUGGAACUCGUUAUCAAGGAGGGCGAAAACAUACAAGUGGAACUCGUUAUCAAGGAGGGCGAAAACAUACAAGUGGAACUCGUUAUCAAGGAGGGCGAAAACAUACAAGUGGAACUCGUUAUCAAGGAGGGCGAAAACAUACAAGUGGAACUCGUUAUCAAGGAGGGCGAAAACAUACAAGUGGAACUCGUUAUCAAGGAGGGCGAAAACAUACAAGUGGAACUCGUUAUCAAGGAGGGCGAAAACAUACAAGUGGAACUCGUUAUCAAGGAGGGCGAAAACAUACAAGUGGAACUCGUUAUCAAGGAGGGCGAAAACAUACAAGUGGAACUCGUUAUCAAGGAGGGCGAAAACAUACAAGUGGAACUCGUUAUCAAGGAGGGCGAAAACAUACAAGUGGAACUCGUUAUCAAGGAGGGCGAAAACAUACAAGUGGAACUCGUUAUCAAGGAGGGCGAAAACAUACAAGUGGAACUCGUUAUCAAGAGGGCGAAAACAUACAAGUGGAACUCGUUAUCAAGGAGGGCGAAAACAUACAAGUGGAACUCGUAA